ACAGCAUAGAUCAUGGAAGAAGAUGCUGAUCUUUCUAACAUAAUUUUGCAUAUAUUUGAAAAGCAGAAACAAAAUGGAAGUGAUGUGCAAUACAGUGACAAAUUUAAGUGUGUAAAUAUUGGGAAAACGUAUCUUGUUAAUGUGAUUGUUAAUUUUCCUAAGUGUUUGAAUGGGAACAUUAAUAUAUGGAAAAAAAGAAUUGAAAAUCUUUAUGGACACGUCAAUUUCCACGUUGCAAAAAAUAUAACUAAUAUCGACGAAAAUGAACUGUCUUACAAUAAAAGUCACUUUUUGUGCAAUGUGUUUAAAAGCAUAGCUGACACAAAUACACACAUAAAAUUACAUGAGAAGAAGCCUUAUUUUGUUGAUGACAAAACAUUUAUCAUCCCAUUAGAAGCAACAGUAAAUAAUAUUUCAUCGUGUGAUACUAAAAUUUAUUUGACAGUAUCCAUUGUCAAGCCAAUACCUUGUCCAAAGAGAAUGUUAGGAGAAAGUGAUUUCUUGUUGAAGCUUGAUGACAUUAAACCUUUACCAGAGAAAGAAAAGAUUUAUACUCAAAAGUCAGUAUCAAGAACUUUACGUAUCCACCAGCCACCAAAAAUUCAAGUGAAGUACAAAGAUGUUUCUGGACAAUUCAUGGUUUUUCUCAGUGUAAAUAAUGAUAGUUUACAAGACAUAGCCAUUAACAACUGUAUGCUGAUGAAAGGUCAUUGUCCUGCUUGUGACAAGACUGUCAAUCAACACAGAGAUGUCCAGGAUGAUAUAGGAGCAUGUAUAGGUUGUGACCAUGCUAUCCAUAUGGUUAGUGGGGAUAGAUUAAAGUUUCCUGUUGAGUUAGGCAGAGGAGAAACAUUAUCACUUAUAUUUGUUCUGUAUAAGCACAACAUAGAAACAGAUUACUCAGAAUUGAUUUUAAAUGCACAUGUGAAAUGGGGAACAGAAAUCUUAGAACCACAGGCUGUAACAGUAUACAGAUUGCCAAAGAUAUUGUUUAGAAAAGUACCAUUUGUUUUAGACGUUCAAUGUGGUCCUAAGAAGAUCGAUGUUGGUGAAAGCUUUAAACUUACAUAUACAGUUACCAAUACUUUACAAGAUUUUCAAGAAUGGAAGUUAUACUGGAACCCUGUUGUACCACAGACAUCAGAUCAAAAAAAGCAGCAGAAGUAUCUUAAAGAAGUGGAAAAUAUAAAAUCUGGUCUUCUAUGUCAUGAUCCUGUUAUAAAAUUUGGGAAGUUAUCUUAUGGUACUACUGUCAGCACAAAAGUAGAGUUUACGGUACUCAAACCUGGUUUAUAUGAGUUUGGGAAACAUAUGAAGCUGAAUCUUACAUACAACAUACCAGAAUCUCCUGUUAAGUCACCAUCACAGCUGUUAAGUUCUCCUGAGGGAUUGUGGAGGAAUCGUAUCAGUAGUGCAUCUUCUUAUGGUGGAGACAGAGAAUUAGAAGAAAAAAGGCUCUCAUUCGGAAAAUCAUAUUCCUUUGGUGAUUUAGGACCAGAUCAUGCACUGGAAACAGAACCGCAUGAAAAUAUUCCGUUAUGUAGUAAUGAUACAGUCAAAAAAUCUGUUGUAUCUUCAAACUUUAAGAAGAAUUCUUUUCUCUUAUAUAUACCUAAUGGAUGAUGGAAUGUUUAAGAAACAUGUGGUAAUUUUCUUCCAGACAUUUUGAAUUCUACCUUGAAUUCACCAAUAGGAAUGAAAAGCUUCCAUUCAGAUGCAACAGUACAAGUGUGAGAUUAAAAUAGUUUUAAAUAAAAUGAUUUAUCAAACUGACAUGAUAACUAUUUCAUACAUGAUAUAUAUAUAUGAUACUGGUGAGUGUUGUAAGUAAAUUCUGGGAAUUUUCUAUUUUUAUCAGUAGUAUGCAUAAAAGAUCAUCUCUCCCAUUCACUUUGAUAUCUGUACAUACAUAGAUGCUAGAUAUAUAGUUGCUGCUAACUUACAAGAGUAUGCAUAAAUUAUUCCCUGGUGAAUGCCAGACAUUAAUUGCUUGCAAGUUAAAGGGAUUUCUUAUUCUUGUUUAAAUUAAAAGUGAAAAUCCUUAAAUUUUGUAUCUUUAUUAAAUAUAUCACUUUUUGUUGUCAAACUUACAAGUUUUGGUUCGGUAACAUUUGGUUUGAACUGAUUUGCCAUAGAAUUAACAGAAAUAAAAAAAAAAAAAUCCUUUGAAAAUAAGAAAUAUGAAUUAUACAGAACAAUUUUUUUGAAGCUCACUCUAUUGUAGCAAGUUUAUAUAAAAUUCUAAAAAAAAAACUAUGGGGGAAAUUACAAAGAGCUGUGAAAUAAAAUUCCUAAGUAUUAUUGAUCAAAUGCUAUGUUUUAUUUAAAAAUUACAACAUAUGUUAUAUUAAAGUCAUUUUUUAUAUUCAAUUCAAUUGUGUUUGUUAUGUUUAUUUUAUUCAUUUUUUUCUGUAAACUACAUUCAAAAUUAUUGAGAUUAUUUACUAUAAUUGUACUAAUAAGAACUAUGGCCUAGCAGUCCUAUUCCUGUGCCAUUUUCAUAUUGACUUUAAAAAUUAUGAACGAACACCUAAUUUUAUUUCUUAAAAAUAGAAGUUAAACAAAUUUAUUCUCUGAAUGAGUUAUAUUCAUUUAGUGUAAAUAUAUAAAAUAUUGUAUCCAAUAAAACCCACAUAGGUUAGAUUUUUUGGGUAGGCUUUUCUUGUAUUUUUGAAUUUGGGUGGCAUCAUUUUUUCCGUCCUCGAGUUAUGCCCUUUACAAAUGGAGAAAUUGCUGAAUUUUUUGUUUCCAUUCUUUAACUUAAGUUUGCCUCAAUAAAAUGUUAUGAAACUUGUACACAGUGCUAAUUAUUACAAAACUCAGAUCAAGUUCAAAUUUAGGGUCAUGUCCCUUUAUAACGUUACAUGCAAGCGUGGGCAUCAUUUGUAUCCCAUGGGCACAUUCUCCAUUUAUUUUUAUUUUGAUUCUUAUUUUACCUUGAAAAAGUUGAAGGGUACCAUUGGCUCUGACUUUGCAUUCACCUCUAGAACUGUGACUAUAUUGUCAACAUUUCUGAUGCAUUGUUCAGGAACCCUAUUUCAAGGAGAUGGGAUUUUCAUAGUUGGGAAGUUUGAAUGUUUUCAUUUAUCAGGUACUGUAAAUAUUAGGACCACCAAUAAUAUUCCAUGCAUCAAAGAUGUUAAAAAUAAUGAAAUAUGCAUCAUUUCUCCUUAUUCAAAAGGUUAGCCUCGUUGUAAUAUUAAAACUUAUUGAUUUACUUAGUUUCAGGGACUGUGCUUAAAUUUUAUAACCCAGUUUUAAGGGGGAGCAAUGUCUGUCAUACUUUACUUUUCCAUAUUUUUACUUUGAUUAUAAUUUAUAUCCUAGAUUGAUGUUUGUGAACAGAAUGAACUACAGUCCCAUUAUUCCUUUAUAAAAGUAUAAACUGCAGUCUAUUAUUGUAUUUGUUUUAUUUAUUUAGAAAUAAUGAAGUGAAUUUAGAAAAUUCGAAAGGAAAAGUUACAUAGAGUUGUUAAAUAAUUCAUAAUUAUUGAACGUGAACCUGUUAUUUUACAAUCAAUACUUGUAUUAAGUUGAGAUCUCUUUUCUAUAUUAAGAUACUAUUGUGUUUAUGUUUAUUUUAGGUUCCGUUUUUUUUGUAAGUCUGUAAAUUAUACAUUCAUAAUAUUUAAAUUAUUUUGAUUGAAUGUAAUCAUAAGUAUUAUUGACCCUUUUUCCAAUAGUCAUUUUUAUGGUUAAUAUUAAAAAUAUGAAGAAAAAUUGGAGCUUUUUAUCUUGAAGUGACAAUACAGGAUGUGUUUGCCUUUUUGACCAUGUUCACUUAUUGUGAAUAUGGGAUUUUUUUUACUUGCACACACUAUUAAUCUCAUUAUAAAAGCCAUGGCAAUUAAAAGUUUCAUUUACUAGCUGAAUUUUUCUAUAUUUAAGGAUAUUUGGACCUUGAUUUAUUGUGAAAAUUCAUAUUUAUACUUUUGAAAACUGAAUGUGGGCCUGUAUAGAGCUAGGUGUCUUGGUUUUAUUUUGUGUCCUGGACUUACAGUCUCCUUGACAUAUACCCUAUGUCCUAUCUUCCUUAAUUCAUAAGAAAUCUUCAUAGAUUACAUAAUAUAUCUGCAACGGAAGUUUUCUCAUUAAUAAAGUAUCUUACUUUUUGUUUUGAAAGUAAUAAUUGGACAAAAGAAAUAACAAUACAAAUUUUCUAAUCUGCUCAGUUUUAAAUGACCAAAAAUAAUACAGUGUACUUAUAAAGUUUAAAUGUUUUGUUCUUAAAUGGUAGCAAUUUGUUAAUUUGCUUAAAAAGUCUAUUAUUUACUGGGAUCGAUCAUCCAUUUAUUUUUGUUUAUAUUGUAUCUAUUGUUUUUUGUCUUCAUUCAUCGAUAUAAAAUGUUUUGUUUAUUUUGUAGAUUCUGUCUCAAUUCUUAUAGGGAUUGUGCAAUAUGAAUUUCAGGUUUUCAUGAUCUCCAUUGUUUUGUUAAUAAACAUUUGCUUGUAAUUAUAUUUAUCUUUAUUUUGUUUGUUUCAAAUACUUUAUAGAUUUUGUUAUUUUGUAUGUUUUAUUUAUUUAUCAUAUUAUUAUGACCAUGAUUUUGAUUGUUAUAUAUACAUGUAAUAAAUCUUAACAACCUGCUUCUGAAUAUUUGUGGUGGUGUUCAGAAUUAGAAGAAUCCACAAGACAUAUCUGUUAUUGCAUAAUUACUUGGCAUUUUACUGGUCAUUUUCAUUGAAAAUUGAGAAACAACACACAAUGAAAUAUUAAUGUAGAACUGAGAACUGAACAGCAUGUUACUAUUUGUUUUUAAAUAAUAACAAUCUGGGAAAGUAUAAAUAACUAGAAAUGUAAAUCUCUGAUAUCAUUGUUAGCAUCUGUUACUACUUUUACUUGUUUAUUUUGUUGCAAGAAAUAAAUUUUAAGAAUUUUGUCUU